AUGAAAGGGUUGUGUAGAGUUGGGAAAUUGUACAAGGCUGUUCGUCUUUUGAAGAGAAUGGUUGACAAUGCCAUGUCACCUGAUGUUUGUCUCAUGGAAGGAGAUGAAACUGGUAAUGACAGCCGAGUCAGUGAGAUUUUGGUUGGAUCGCCUCUCGGAGAUUACAGACUUUUUCGGAAAGGGAUUGAGUUAAGUGUCGCAAAAAUUGGGUUUUUCCCCAUUGGAUCGGAAAAAAGAGGCCAACUUUGUUGGCGGCUGGCAAUAAGGUUACCGACAAGUCUUGCUGUCCCGAGGUGUAAAUUGCUAUAUUUACAGUUUAUAUAG